AAACAUUAUCCGGUUCACUGAAGGUGUAGUUCAUGGAGGAAGAACCGGUGGCUUCCGAAACAGCGACUCGCCGCUCGAAAAGGACUAGGGCUCAGACUAGGACUGCUGAACAUCAACCUAGCACGGCCAAUGCCAAAGGCAGGAAUGACCACGACAGAACCAGCGAAAAUCAGGAGGAAAGAGAAGAAUCUUUUGAUGAUUUUGAGGAACCUCGCCUGAGAACUAAACGUAAUCGAGCUACGGAGUCCGCUACAGUAGCAUCUCGUAAAACAGAUCAGAGCCUGAUCGAGGUUAUCAAAGGUAAUGGGAAACAAAUUCCUCAAGUUGUUAAUAUAUGGGUUGAACAAUAUGAGAAGGAUCCAAAACCUGCCAUGGUAGAACUUUUGAUGAUGCUUUUUGAGGCUUGUGGAGCAAAGUAUCGUAUCCAAGAAGAGUUCCUGGAUGAGACUGAUGUUGAUGAUGUAGUAGUUGCUCUUGUUAAUCUGGCUAGGAAAGGGGAAGUUGAAGAUUAUCAAGGCUCAAAAAAGAAGGAGUUCAAGAAUUUCAAAGAUAAUCUUGUCUUUUUCUGGGACAAUUUGGUUGCUGAAUGUCAAAAUGGGCCGUUGUUUGAUCAGGUCUUGUUUGACAAGUGCAUGGACUAUAUAAUUGCACUAUCAUGCACUCCUCCAAGGAUUUAUCGCCAGGUUGCUUCAUUGAUGGGACUCCAACUUGUUACAUCUUUCAUUAAUGUUGCUAAAAUGCUGGGCACCCAGCGAGAAACUACACAGAGACAGUUAAAUGCUGAAAAAAAGAAACGGUCUGAGGGGCCUCGUGUGGAAUCCCUUGAUAAAAGGUUGUCAGAGACACAUGAAAAGAUAACAGUGAUAGAGGAGAUGAUGCGCAAAAUAUUUACUGGGUUAUUUGUGCAUCGGUACCGAGAUAUUGAUCCUGAAAUCCGAAUGUCAUGCAUACAGUCGCUCGGUGUAUGGAUCCUGUCAUAUCCAUCACUGUUCUUGCAGGAUUUGUACUUAAAAUACCUGGGAUGGACACUGAAUGACAAAAGUGCUGGUGUAAGGAAAGCUUCUGUCCUUGCAUUGCAAAAUCUUUAUGAGGUAGAUGACAAUGUGCCAUCUCUUGGCCUUUUUACCGAAAGAUUUUAUAAACGGAUGCUUGAACUUGCUGAUGAUAUUGAUAUUUCUGUGGCAGUAUGUGCCAUAGGACUCGUAAAACAAUUACUCAGGCAUCAGCUUGUUCCUGAUGAGGAAUUAGGUUCUUUAUAUGAUUUACUGAUUGAUGAUCCGCCAGAUAUCAGGCGUGCCAUUGGGGCACUGGUGUAUGAUCACUUGAUUGCACAGAAAUUCCAUAGCUCUCAAUCUCAUUCAACAGGUGAUGAAAGUGAUUCUUCUGAGCUCCAUCUUAGCAGAAUGUUGCAAAUACUGAGAGAGUUUUCAGCAGAUCACAUACUGAGUACCUAUGUCAUUGACGAUGUUUGGGAGUACAUGGGUGCCAUGAAAGAUUGGAAGCGUAUUAUCUCAAUGGUACUGGAUGAGAACCCAUCAAUUGAGCUUACUGAUGAGGAUGCAACAAACUUGAUUCGACUACUCUGUUCCUCUGUUAAAAAGGCAGUGGGAGAAAAGAUUGUUCCUGCCACUGAUAAUCGGAAACAGUACUACAAUAAAGCUCAAAGAGAAAUGCUUGAAAACAAUAGGCGGGAUAUAACUCUCUCUAUGAUGAAGAACUACCCGCAGCUCCUACGCAAGUUUAUGGCUGACAAAGAAAAAAUAUCUUCAUUAGUUGAGAUUAUUGUACAUAUGAACCUUGAGCUCUAUUCCCUGAAGAGGCAAGAGCAGAAUUUCAAGACUGUUCUUCAGCUUAUGAAAGAGGCAUUCUUUAAACAUGUCGAGAAGGAUGCUUUGAGAUCUUGUGUGAAAGCUAUCAACUUCUGUUCCACCGAGAGUCGGGGAGAGUUAAAAGAUUUUGCCCAAAACAAGUUGAAGGAACUUGAGGAUGAGCUUAUUGCUAAGCUUAAAUCUGCAAUCAAAGAUGUUGUGGAUGGUGAUGAUGAAUACUCGCUGCUUGUAAGCUUGAAAAGAUUGUAUGAGCUUCAAUUGUCAAGGCCUAUAACUAUUGAGAGCUUAUAUGACGAUAUGGUUGGGAUUCUUCAGAAUUUCAGAAGCUUAGAUGACGAGGUUGUCAGCUUUCUGCUUCUAAACAUGUAUUUGCAUGUUGCCUGGUGCCUACACUCUAUCAUAAAAAGUGACACAGUCUCCGAGACAUCUUUGUCUUCCCUAUUAUCCAGACGCACUACUUUGUUUGAACAACUUGAGUACUUUCUGCACACACCUCCUGGAGCUCAGGAUGUGAGUAAAGGUGGAAAUCAGCUGGCAUGUAGGGUUUGCACUAUACUUGCUGAGGUGUGGUGUUUGUUCAGAAAGACAAACUUUGCUUCAACAAAUCUGGAAAGUCUGGGAUAUUGUCCUAACGAGCCUAUUCUUCAUAAGUUUUGGAAACUAUGUGAACAGCAGCUCUGUGUUUCAGAUGAUACAGAAGAUGACGAUGUCAACAGAGAGUAUGUUGAGGAGACAAACCGGGACGCAGUCAUAAUUGCUGCUGCCAAGUUGGUUGCUACUGAUGCAGUUCCUAAGGAGUAUCUCGGUCCAGAGAUCAUUUCGCAUUUUGUGAUGCAUGGAACAAGCAUCAGUGAGAUUGUUAAGCAUCUGAUAGCUGUUUUAAAGAAGCAAGAUGACGAUGUCUCUUAUAUUUUCCUAGAAGCGCUGAAAAGGGCCUACAAGAGACAUUUGACGCUACUUUCCAGUGGCAAUGAUGAAACCCUGUCAAGCAAGUCACUUAUGGAAUUAUGCAUUUAUGGAUGCUCCAAUGCAUCUGUCUUUCUUGGAUGGUGCGGUGCUGCAUUUUGUGUCGAAACUUCCUACGAUGAUAUUCUGGACAUUCUGAAAGAUGUCCAAAAACAGACGGAGAAUGUGAUCACGGACGAAGAUCCCAGUGGCUGGCGCCCCUAUUACGCAUUUGUAGAGACCUUAAGUGACAAAUAUGCAAAAACUGAAGGUUUGCAAGAUGAAAAAGAAGGGGUGUCUGUAAGAGGGCGUGGCCGUCCACGUAAGAGGCGCCAUUUAGAGGGAAAGAAACUGUUUGACGAGCACAGCUCAAGUGAAGAAGAGGAUUCAAUAAGCGCAUCUGACCAAGAUGCUCACGAUGAGGAAGAAAAGCAAGAAGAAGAGGAGGCUCCUUUAAUACAUUCACUUAGGCCAUCAUCCAAGCUGAGGUCAUUGAGAAUUUCAAGAGAGAGGAAUGAAGGAUUGGCUGCUUCCAGAACAUCAGGGGCAUCCAGCUAG